CUGGGUGCACUUGUUUCCAGGGGUUGAACUGCUACACAGGACCAGGAGGCCAAGGCUCGAACGGAGAGAGAGGUGCAUUGUGUCCGGAGCCAUGGACUACCAACAGAAACUGGCCGAAAAACUCACCAUCCUCACUGAAAGAGGGAAUGGGGUGCUGAUACGUAUGAACUACAUUAAAAAGAUGUGUGCAGACCCUAAGCAGCGGCCGUCCAUCCUGACAGAUAAAGCAAUGGAGUCCGCCGUCAAGUACAUCAACAAGAAAUUCCCCAACAUUGACUUCAGAGGAAAUAUUCAAAAUCUGACCGGCAUCCAGCGACAGAAAUCUGAAGUGUUGUCAGCCACAUCAAGCUACUAUGACUCUUUCCUGGACGUCAUAGAGUUCAGGGACAAUGUUUAUGAGUUGCUGAACACCAUAGACGCCUGCCAGUGCUUCUUUGAUAUUGCUGUCAACUUUGACUUCACCAAGAGCUACUUGGAUCUGAUCAUCAUCUACGCCUCAGUAAUCAUAACGCUCUCUCGCAUCGACGACAAGAAGGCCCUGGUGGGGAUGUUCAACUGUGCCCAUGAGAUGACCAAUGGGAGCAGCGACCCCGCCUACCCACGGCUCGGCCAGAUGCUUGUGGAGUAUGAGCAUCCUUGGAAGAAACUCACUGAGGAGUUCGGGCCUCACACGAGGUCUGUGACGGCGGCGUUGCUGUCUCUGAAGAUGCUCUACCCACGCAGGAACCUGCCAGCAGAGCAAUGGCGGAGCGCCCAGCUCCUCAGCCUGCUGAGUGCUCCAGCAUCCAUGCUGGACCCAGCCUGCUGUGACACAAUGGCAUGUGAAUACUUGCCUAUGGAGGUGAUGGAGCGAUGGAUCAUUAUCGGCUUCCUGUUGUGCCACAGCAGCCUGAAUAACAACCAGGCCUCCCAGGAGCUGUGGAAGAUGGCUCUGCGGAGCGGCCUCUACCUCACCCUUACCAGAGACGAAAUCCUCAACAUACACAAAGUCUCAGAGGACCUCUUCGACAGCAUCAAAGGAUAUGGCAAGCGAAUCGCAGACAUCAAGGAAUGCCGUGAGCAUGUUAUACUCAACUGCGGGGCUAUGCACAGAGAAAGGAGGCAUUUUCUGAGAGGAGCGAUGAAGGAAUUAUUUAAUGUUCUGGAGGAUGAACCUGGACUUCUGGGACCAAAGGCCCUGUUUGUCUUCAUGGCUCUGUCCUUUUCCCGUGACGAGGUCCUGUGGCUCGUCAGACACUCUGAAAAUAUGCCAAAGAUAAAGACGCCUGAGGACUACAUUGACAAUCAGAUGGCAGAGCUGCUGUUCCACAUGGAGAAGCUAAAAGGUCUCAUGAGAAAGCACAACCAAGUACUACAGCGCUACCAUGUUCAGUACCUGGCACAGUUUGAUGCCUUGGUUCUCAAUGACACCAUACAGAACAUGUAUGUGUGUCCAGAAGAGGAAUCGGUCCUGUUGAGUUCAUUUGUCUCAACCCUGUCCACUCUCUCAGUCAAACAAGUGGAGAACAAGGAGGAACUGGAUUUCAGAGCGCUUAGACUGGACUGGCUGAGAUUACAGGCCUACACAAGUGUGAACAAGGCUCCUCUUCCGAUAAAGGAGUACCCCGAUCUAGCAAAGGUGAUGAACUUGGUCCAGUUUCACACCAGGAUGGUGGACAGUGCGGAAGAACUGGUGCAGGAGACAUCUGAAGUGUCCAUACUCUGCUUCUACCCACGUGUCUUUGAGAAGAUGUUCAACCAGAGCAGCGAGGAGGUGACCAUGAAGCGUUACCUCAUGUCCUUCCCUACUGCCUGUUCCCACUUCAGCCAUUGUGGACACUCUCUCUGCCCAGAAGAGAUAGAGGCAAUGGAGAAGAAGACUCUGCGCCUGUGUGUGAUCUUCCUGGAGCAGAUUGCCAAGCAGACCAGUAAUGUUGUGUUAGAGAUUUGUGCCGAGCAGAGCAACCUCAAUGACCAGCUGCUGCCCAAGCACUGUGCUGAGACCAUCAGCGCCGCUCGCCAUCGAAAGCAAAAGAAGCCGAUGCCAAAGAAAGGAGAGGUCCAGAAAGAGAAACCUGGUGCUGAAAGCCUGAGGAAAGACCGGAGUGUUGUCACCAAUGUUGACAAGAUGCAUCUGAUGCUGACAGAGCUCUGCUCCACCUACAGUCUCUGCAGUGACUUUAUUGUCUUCGACCACAUCGUCGUCCCUACAGAGUUCCUCAUCUCUCAUCUGGAGACACGCCUCUCUGAGAUCAUCGUGAGAAUGGCUAAUUACAAUCAGACCACCCAGGAGAUAGCCCGUCCCUCAGACCUACUGGCAGGGAUAAGAGUCUACACAGCCACCCUGCACAGCCUCUCCAGCUACAUCAAUGUGGACAUUACGCGGCUGGUGAAGAGCGUCCUGCUGCAGCAAACACAGCCACUGGACUCACGCGGAGUGCAGACCGUUACGACCCUCUACACAAACUGGUUCCUAGAGAGUCUCUUGCGUCAGGCCAGCAACUCCCUCAUUGUCCACUGUCCCACAAUGCUCUGCUUUGUCAACCAGACUACUGACAACGAACCAGCUUUCAGAGCAGAGGAGUUCUCAGAUGUUUCAGAGCUACGUGCCCUGGCGGAGCUAAUUGGUCCAUAUGGCCUGAAGUUUCUCAGUGAGAACCUGAUGUGGCACAUCACCUCUCAAGUCACCGAGCUGAAGAAACUGGUGAUUGAGAACAUGGACAUCCUGGUACAGAUGAGGAACAACUUUGAUAAGCCGGAGGAAAUGACCGGUCUUAAAAAGAGGCUGACAGGUGGAGAGAAUGUACUGAAGAGGAUGACCAUCAUCGGGGUGAUCCUGUCCUUCAAAUCAAUGGCACAGCACUGUCUGAAAGAUAUCCUGCAUAAGCAUUGCCCGUACCUGAUGGGGCCUAUCAUGGGCCUGAGAGAUUUCAUCACCCCUGAAGCAGACAUCAAGGUGACUCUGAGAGUUUUUGAGUUGGCGUCUGCUGCAGGGCUGGCAUGCGAUAUCGAUCCUGCCCUCGUCAAAGCUAUUGGCAACAUGCAGACAGAUAACACAUCCACUGAUGAGGAGUACAAGCUGUCCUAUUUGCUGCUCGUCUACAUCGCCGUGUCCCUGCCUACCUUGGCCCUGGACAACAACUCGUCCUACAGCCGAGAGCAUGGAGGUCACAACAACAACAUCCAUUGUUUAGCUACAGCUAUCAACCAGCUGGCUGCUGCCAUGUUCACUGUUCAGAACAAGAACAUAGAGCAGCACCUCAAAGAGUUUCUCUUGAUUGCCUCCUCCACUCUGCUUCAGCUGGGACAAAAUGUUGAGAGAGUGGAGGUCAAAAACCGAGAAUCCAUCUACCUGCUCCUGCACAUGAUUGUCGAGGAGUCUCCCUUCUUGAGCCAGGACAUGCUGGAGAGCUGCUUCCCGUAUGUUCUGCUACGAAACGCCUACAGAGAGGUGUACAGGUCCUUCAUCGUCACUCUGGGCUGAAGACCUUUUUUUUUUUUUUUUAAAUACUUUUUAAUUUAACUUUUAUUUAUCCACCAGAGUAUUUUAAUGUGCAUCUGCGUUUUGUUUCCGUCACUGUUCAGCCACUGCCUUGGACAUUUUGAUCACAUUAGUGCUGAUAAUGUUUCCUGUGAGUCAGCACUCUUGAUGUACCCACAUUAAAAAAUCCUUCCUCAUUUCACAAACUCUGGAUUUGCUUUUACGGCUCUUAUCCACCAGUAUUAUGGGGUAGAUUUAUGACUACUGUAGUAUUACUAAUAUCAUCUUGUAUCCUUUAAAUGUAAAUCAGGUAUAUUCUCUAACCUCUCUUUUAUAUUUCACAUAUCAGCUCCAGACACAAUGAGUGCCAUGGUAUCUUAAAGAAAUAUGUUUUUAAAUAUUUUUAGAUUGAAUCCACAUUUAUUCAGAUUUUUAAUAGAUUAUUAUUUUAAUAGUUGCUGCACAACAUUAUUUCUCACAAAUCUUCCCCAAAUAAAGAUGAUAAUUAUAAGCUGUUUGUU